AUGAUUGCCUCUGCGCUCGCCCUCGGCCUGGCCGGCCUCGCCGCCGCGUCCCCCAUCGCCGAGCGCCAGGUGACGCCGCACUACCCCGAGACGUCCUCGUCCAAGGGCUUCCACCUCGUCGUCAACGUCACCGACGCCUCGCGCGACUUCCACCCCUCCAUCCAGAACACAUACAUCGCCAGCAUCCACACCGGCGCGGGGCUCGCCCUCGUCGGCAACAUCCCCACGACGGACAACGCGCGCGUCUUCUACCAGAACGGCACGGCCGAGGAGAGGCGCUUCGGGCGGUCCAACGUCAUCACCGACGGCGGCACGCCGCCCUUCCCGCAGGGCCUCAAGCUCGUCAAGGACGCCGGCUCCGACACGCUCUCGACGGCCAACCUCAACGCCGGGCUCGGCACGCCCGGCGUCGGCAUCGCGGGGUUCCCCAACCCCUACGCCUUCCUGUACCCGGAGACGUGGGCCGCCUGCAACGAGAGCCUGCCGUACUACCAGGGGCGGUACUUCAUCAUCUUCAAGCAGGCCGCCACGACGGUCGACAAGGACGGCAAGAUCCACGACAACGUGCCCGAGGGGUGCGCCCCCGUGCGCCUGCUGCCCGAGUGCACGCCGCUCAACGACCUGCCCGCCGGAUCCUCGUCGAGCCACGAGUUUGCCAUCGAGGACCGCUGCUACAAGGACGUCAAGUCCAUCAAGUGGAGCGAGUACGGGCCCUGA